AUGCGUUUAUGUUAUUGCCAUUUAUAUUCUCUUUCUUUUAGCACUGUAAUAUUCUCCUCUAAGCUAUGUAGCUCCGAAAUACUACCCUUUCAAAACACGUCUCUCUCGCGCGAAGAACGGGUGAGUGACUUGUUGGGUCGCCUUGAUCUCGAUGAACUCACUGAACAGUUACUUUAUGGUGGGGCUGGUCCUGUCCACGGACCUGCACCCCCGAUUCCACGGCUUGGAAUCGGCCCCUACCAAUGGCGUUCCGAAUGCCUGCAUGGCUACGGAUUCGACGGUGAUGCAACCAGCUUUCCCCAAUCCAUUUCUAUGGCUGCUACUUUUGAUAGGGAUCUUAUCCACGCAGUUGCCAAUGCAACUGCCUAUGAGGCUCGUGCUAAAUACAACAGCUAUAGGCGUGCUGGAGAGUACCAGGAUCACAAGGGUAUCAACUGCUUCUCUCCGGUGGUGAAUCUAUUUCGUCAUCCUCUGUGGGGUCGAAAUCAGGAAACCUUAGGUGAGGAUCCCUUCCUGUCAGGGGAGUUGUCCAAGGCCUUCGUGCGUGGCCUUUCUGCGAUGCCGUCGCGGGGAUCGUUGUCACGGAAGCUGGUGGAGGAGGAGCACAUCUAUCUAACUACUGCCUGUUGCAAGCACUUUGCUGUUCAUUCGGGGCCGGAAAAUUCACCUGUUUCACGACUCAGCUUUGAAGCCAACGUCUCAGCAGCCGACCUGUGGCUAACCUUUCUGCCUUCCUUUCGUGGCUGUCUGGCGGACAAUGUUGCACAGUCUGUUAUGUGCUCCUACAAUGGCAUUAACGGUGUGCCAAACUGCGCCAACCCCUGGCUGCUCAAGAGGAUUUUGCGAGAGAUGUGGGGAUUUAAGGGUAUAAUGAAGACGCUGACGUCUAAUAAUGUUUACAUUGACUGUUUCGUUAUUAGUGAUGAAGGUGCACUGCAAUUCUUGGUUUCUGAGCACAGAGUUUUCAACACUUAUUUUGAAGCUGCCAAGGCAGCUUUUGACGCGGGCGUUAACAUUGAAAAUUCUCAGGAGAUCAACCGCGGUGUCUACAGCGCUCUCCCCCUCCUUGUUGCUGCCGGUGUCAUCAAGAGGUACCAGCUGGAGGAAAUGAACCGACCUCUCUUCCUCACUCGUAUGCGGCAAGGGGAAUUCGAUCCUCCAGAGAGUAACCCUUAUGCCUCACUAAGCAAAGAAGAUUUCAUUCAAAGCCCCAAACACCGGCAACUUUCGUUAGUAGCUGGAUGUCGUUCAACAGUGCUGCUCAAAAACACAAAACGGUUCCUACCAUUUCCGAAGAGAGUCAAAUAUCUCGCUCUCAUUGGUCCCUUUGCGAAGCGGAUGGACGAGCUGACUGGAUCCUACUCAGCCUCUCGCAUGCCGCAAUAUGAAACUACUUUGGAAGAAGGUCUAAAGGAAGUUGCCGACGUCCUCUAUACCCUGGAAUUCUGUGACAGUGGCGCACGCUGCACCUUGGGUGACGAGGCUGGUCUUAUCAACUUACUCAAUUUCACAAAAGCGAAGGUGCCCAAUGCCAUUGUAGUCACUCUCGGCACGGGUAGCACCCUGAUUACGGAGUCUCGAGAUGCACAAAGUUUGCAGCUCUUUGGCCAACAGCAGCGAAUGCUUGAACUUAUCUCCAUCUAUGCACCGUCAAUUCCUGUUGUAGUCUUCGUCUACUCUGCCGGACCUGUGAACAUAUCGGAUGCGAUUGCAUCUCCUCAGGUUCAGUCAAUCUUGUGGUUUGGGUACCCCGGCCAGGAGGCAGGUCGAAUAGCCGCGCGCAUGCUCUUGGGCAAUCCGGGUACUCCUUACUAUCCCGAGGACGUAUCAGCUUCUCUCAAUUCGGGUUUUCACUCCUUAACCAGCACUGCCAGUCUUGACAGCCAUUGCGGGUACUGGUGGUUGCCGGCGGGUCGUUUGCCCUUUACCUGGUACGGCAGUCUUUCAAACUUGCCCACAAUCACUGACUACGAGGUCAGCAACCACACCUACCGUUUCAACCCGUCUCACGUUUGUCUGCGGAACAAAACCACCUGUCAAGAAGUGGCUUUCCCUUUUGGCUAUGGUCUCUCCUAUAAUUAUGCUCCCUCCAGUGGUGGGGGUUUUGCGUACCGAAAUCUCGACAUUCCUACACUCACUGUCUCUGCUCAGAUUGGUUUUACUUUCACAGUGGAGGUUGUCAACAGGGGUGUGCUUGCCUCCGAGGAAGUAGUGCAAGUCUACCUGGACUGGUUGACCCUUUUUGGAACCAAGGCAGAGGAUAACUUCAAUGGAUGCUACAAGGCGGCGUUGAGACAGUUGGUGGGCUUCGAGCGACUACCACUUUUUGCUGGGGAAGUGCGGAAGGUGCGAUUCGUAGUGACAUCAGAACAAUUGUGGGUGUGGAGCUAUUCGGCGGAGACUCAAUCACAACUCUGUCUUGCAAACAAGCGUAACGACAGCGUCUGUGGCGGGCCAGUGGCUGCUUCAGGAACUGCUCGCCUCAGUGUCGGUGGCCAGCAGCCAUUUCAGGCAAAGGCGGUUAAUUCUAAUGUCAUUGUUGCCAUGCUUGUCGUGAUUGACCAUUGA